UAAGCUGCGACACAACUUCCGUGUUUGGAUGUGGACUCACUGGACUGAGGAGACGGCGGGAAAUUCGUGUUUUAGGCAACUAACAUACAAAACGUCACACCGUCAGCGAAUUUGGGUCCUGCGUGCCUGUCAUGGUGUAGAGUGGUCGGUGCAUGGGUGUCACUCUCUGAGUCCGCGCGCCAAUGGACCCGCUGGAUUUCCUGACGCGGGAGCAGCUGCUGCUCUUCUUCCGCCGUAAGAAGACGGAGAUGUCGUGCAUGGAUCAACCGCACACCUUCCUCACGCAGUUGCGGGACCACGACCUUGUGUCGGAGAAGCUCUAUAAGAGAGUGGUCAGGAUGAAGACGAAGGAGCAGAAGAAGAAGGGUGUGUAUGAGGUGCUGGACAGUCUGGAGACCGAUCAGCCGGAGUGUGUGGAGGCCUUCUGGCGCAGUGUGUUCACAGACCACAUCAUGCAGCUCUACCCCACUCUCAGACUGCUGAGGAACAGCCUCAUGGAUGGGUCGUUCUCAUUCAGUGAAAGUCAUCUGGAGGCGGACGGUACGAGCAAGAGGAAGGAUGCAGAGGGAGAUGAUGAAGACCUGAAGGAGAGGAAGGUGAUGAAGAGGAAGAGACAGAAAAGCAAAGGGAGCACGAGCGGAAGGGAGGAAGGAGAGGAGGAGGAGGAGGAAGAUCGAGCAGGGACUUCUCAAGUCAAAACCAGUAUGAGGAAGAGGAAGCUUCAGAAGCCUAUUUACGGCUCUCCUCUGACCAAGGGGGGUAAAGAGGACAUCUGGAACUGGCCCAUGUUUAAGACCCAGCUGCCCAUCACCUGUGGAGACAAAGAGGGGACUCUAGACAGAGACAAACUAGCCAAAGGAGUGAGGUGCAUUUUCCACGAGGACAGGUGGUACACACCUGGCGAGUUUGAGAAGGUGGGGGGCAAGGAGAGGAGCAAGAACUGGAAGACCAGCAUCCGCUGCAGACAUACACCUCUGCAGAAGCUGAUCCAGGAAGGUCACUUAACGUCUCCACCAGCUAAAAGGAGAUCAGCCGACAGAGGACAGGAUAGUAAACUGCUGCAUGCAAGUGCCAACACAGACACCACACAUGUGAAGAAGAAGAUGAGGAGAGCCCUGUUUCCCUCCAGCCCGGAGAGCUCCAUCAGAUUGUCUGACUCCAGUGAUGAGGAGAACAGCAGCGGCAGCCCAGCGGAGGACAGGAGCGAGGGAGACCAGAGAGAAGAGAGAGAAGAAGAAGGGGAUGAAGAGGGGGAAGAAGAGGUGGGGAUGGCGGAGGUGGACACAUCCCUGUUCGAAGGAAGCGCUCUGCCUGUCCAGUGUGGGCCUGUCACCGGAAGACUGCAGAAAGACCGCUUCGCCUCAGGAAGUACAGGAAAGUGCAUCCGUACAGAGGAGAGGUGGCUGACCCCUACAGAGUUCAUCAGGCUGAACCCUGACCUUUUGGAUGGGAUGUGGAAGAGAGACAUCACCUGUAGAGGCCAGCCUCUCAGCUACCUUUUACAGAGGAGGAUCCUGCAGGUGCAUUCCCUGCUGUGUAUGUGUCGAAUGUGCAGCCACACAGACUCAGACCUGGAAGACCAGACAAAUGAUGACCACUGCUUCAUCUGUGGAGAGCAAGGAGAGCUGCUGUGUUGUGAUGGCUGUCCCAGAUCCUUCCACAGAGACUGCCACAUACCCACUCCUCCACCAGGAGAUGACUGGCUGUGCACGUUGUGUGUGUGGAAGCAGAAUCAGGAAUGGCUUUAUCCUGAUCACGUGACCCAACGAGAGGUCCUCGACAGUGGGAUCUCUGACUAUAAGCUGCAAUGCCAGUACCUCCUGCUGUUAUUACUCAAUGCAGAUGAGCAGAGAAUCUUCACUAUGGACCCCUGCCCUAUGGUGUCAGACUACUCGUCAGUGAUCCCCAGGCCCAUGUGGCUGCAGAAGGUGAGGCAGAACCUGGAGAGUCGCUACCGUCUGGUGGGGGAGUUCGUCUCGGACGUGCGCCUCAUCUUCAGGAACUGUGCUGUCUUCAACAGGAACAAUCAAGAGUUUAAGGAAAUGGGAAUUAGACUCAGUACUUUGUUCGAAGAGGAGUUUCAAAGAACCUUCAUUACAACCAGUCAUCACGAUGAUUUGGGAACACAGCCGAACCCAGGUCCCUCCACUGUCUAGGAGCUGGGCUAGCAUGCAGUAGCCUGAAAGUUGUCGGUUUAAUUCCCGCCUUCCACCGUUGUGCCCUUGAGCAAGGCACUUAACCCCAAGUUGCUCCGUGGGACAAUGUAAUGACAAUGUAAUCUCUUGUAAUAUAGUUGACAUGUGUAAGUCACUUUGGACUAAAAGUGUCUGCUAAAGGUAAUGAAAUAUAUAUAUAUAUAUAUAUGAGAGAGAGAGAGAGAGAGAGAGAGAGAGAGUGAGUAUAGAAAGAGAAAGUAGAGAGAUACAGUAUAUAUAUACACAGUAUAUAUAUAUAUAGAGAGAGAGAGAGAGAGAGAGCUAACAGCAGUUUACUCAGGGAAGCGCACUAGAAAGUCCAAAGGAAGUCCUAGGAAUUCCAAAUUAGGAUUUUGUUUUCUCAUCUCUUCCAAUAAUUGCAGUCAGUGUCUAUAGAAGCACGUCUUUACCUUUGCACUGCCACAUUUUCUACAAGCUUUAUAUGACGACUAUCAUGUCUUAUCCAACAUGCCCAACAAUUCGGUCAGAGAAUGGGCAGAGUGAGAAAAACUAACACAGCUGUACAAGCAGCACACACCUGACCAUCAAACAUGCAUUAUGCGUGUGUCUUAACGAUUUCUACUAUUUAUAUAUGUCAGAAUUUUUUUUUUUUUUUUUUAAUGAAUUAAGGAAUUCUUAUGACCCCUUCCUUUUGGGGUGUAUGCACAAAAAGUUCCCAAAUUAAUUAUUAUUGGAAGUAUUGUAGAUAUACAGUUUGGGAUGUAUUGCCUUUUGCCUUGAUGCAAUAAGGGUACUAUGGUUUUUUUUAAAGCUUAUUUGUGGUUUGAAUUGACAAUUUUGAAUCUUUUUCUUUUUUUUAAGGAUUAAAAUGUUCAAACUGUUAAAUAGUCCACUGAAUGUCUACAGGACUGGAAACGUCUCUGUCUGUGGUUGAGGACAUUUUUUAAAACAUGUAAUACUGUACUGUCCUACUGUAGAUGUUUAGGCUAUAUGCACUAUUGAAUAAAACAUUACCUUUCCU